UUAGAACAACAAACGAGAUAAACAAAAGGCCGUGUUUGUGUAUCCAAAUUUUGCCGCUCCCUCCAGCAUAGUUUUGUUAAGUUUUAAUGUGGAAAUUUACACUAUGGCACGUACUGGUGAUAGCCUUAUUAAAAGGCACCAGUGCAGAAUUUUCCGACGUUUUCGACGAGGAGCUGUUUGUAAAGCCGCUGCCGGAUAAAUUCAUCUACAGCUACUUUCAGUUCACAACCCGUUGGGAGCUGGGCAGGAACGAUAGCCUGCUCCACACGAACCUAGUUCCACGCCCGUUGGCAGAGCUGUUCUACCACUUCGGUGUGCAGGAGCUACACCUGAGCUUCACGUACGGUUUGUGGCGAUACGAGACCUGGGGCUAUCCCGUAACCGAUGCCGGACCGGGCGCAGAAGUAUGGGCCUGGUUCGAGCCGACAACCGACCGUGCAUCGGUUGAUCAUCGCUGGAAGAUGCUGUGCGGUACGCUUUCCGGUCUGUUCUGUGCAUCGUUAAGCUUCAUCGAUCCAAGCAACACGUACGAACCGGUGUACACGUUACGCCCGCAAACCCAUCACUUUCCAGGCCAGCCCGAACCGAUCCUUCGCUAUGCAGCCUUGCCGCGGGAAAUUGUGUGCACGGAAAACUUAACGCCAUGGGCCAAACUGUUGCCGUGCCGGUCGCGAGAAGGUCUCGUCUCUCUGCUCGUCCCGGAUAGCAUUUACUCGAGCAACUACCACUCACUAGGCGUUCACAUGCGGAAACUGUGCGCGAACGCCGAAUGCACCGAAUUUCAGUUGGAAGUGAAGCAGACAGUUAGUGUGGUGCAGGAUCUGCGACUGUUUGGUGGACCCAACUGGUCCAUCCGUAAGCUGUUCGGUCAGGGAAUGGACGGUUCGUGUGCACUCGCCACGACCAGCAACGUGUAUGUCGACGUGACGGAUAACAAUGGAGCUUUCGAUGUGUCCCAGAAACCGGACGAAAGGAUCCUAUCGGUACGGGGCGGUGCUCGUACGGAACUGCAACGCUUCGACGUGAAGCAGUUCGAGGCGGUCAUGGCAAAGGGGCGCCGAGCGAUGUUUAACGUGGCCGUAAUGGACAAGCGGGAUCCGAAUGUGAUCAUCGUCGCUGGACCUCCGCCAAUCUUCGCCAAACGAUUCAUACUGGGCGUUGGCCAGGAACGGGGCAAAAUUGUUACGCACAUCACCAACGCCCACUGGGGAGCGCUGGAUUUGAUCGUGUUUGAAAACAUUCCCUGGUUUGUGCCAAUCUACCUACACACACUCACAAUCCGGCACGGGAGCAAACGGAUCCGGCCUGCCUUCCUGCACUACACGCCCGGCGUUCAGCGGGAACGGCCGUACGGGUUGGAGGUAGCGUUCCGCAUUCCGGCCCGUGCCACCGUCGAACUUUCGAUCGAUUUCGAUUACAUCUUUCUCAAGUGGCAAGAGUACCCGCCGGAUGCGAACCACGGUCAUUACAUUCCUUCGUCGAUCAUCUCGCUCCUGCUGCCCUCCGCCCGCAAUUACACCUCCAUUCCCCGGGAGGCCGCUCUCUUCCGUGAUUCGUUCAACGCCACACAGCUGGCCGGAUACUUCCUGCAGGUGCGCACCGAAUCGUUGCUACUGACCCUCCCCACGCCCGACUUCAGCAUGCCGUACAAUGUGAUCUGUUUGGCGUGUACCGUGGUAGCGCUCGCCUUCGGUCCAAUACACAACAUCUCGACCAAGCGGAUCGUGGCCAAGGGUAAAGAAACGGCCAAAACGUCGCUCGGGGAGAAGGUGAAACAAUUUUUCAAAUUCAAAUCGGGUCGAAAUGCAAAGCAAGCCAAAGACGAACAGACCGCUAGCACCGAGGACCUGAAUGCGCCCGAUACGGAAUAAAGCGGGAACAGUGGAGUCACUAGUCA